CUCAUGGUUGAUAAUCGUUUGUCUUGUCCUAUGUUUGCAGAAGUUGAUCCAGAUAUUGUUGACAUGGCAACAGCAGACAGCAUGCAGGGUUUGGAUGACGUCAGGAGAGGAGCAGCAGGGGGUUCUGCCGACAGUGUUCUCACCUGGCAAGGAGACAGACGUGAGGAGUCUGGGGAGGAGUCCGGUAGGAGAGACAAAGGUGUGAGAGUGCACAGGUGUGAGGAGUGCAGCAAGCAGUUCAGUAAGCUGAGUAAUCUGAAGAGGCACAUGCGCACUCACACAGGGGAGAAAUCCUACAGGUGUGAGGAGUGCUGUAGGCAGUUCAGUCAGCUGAGUGCUCUGAAGACUCACAUGCGGACUCACACAGGGGAGAAACCUUACAGGUGUGAGGAGUGCAGGAGGCAGUUCAGUCGGAUGGGUGAUCUGAAGUCUCACAUGCGGACUCACAGUGGACAGAAACCUUACAAGUGUGAGGUGUGUACCAGACAGUUCAGUGAGCUGGGUGCUCUGAGGACUCACAUGCGGACUCACACAGGGAAGAAACCCUACAGAUGUGAGGAGUGCAGCAGGCAGUUCAGUCAGCUGGGUCAUCUGACGACUCACAUGAGGACUCACACAGGGGAGAAACCCUACAAGUGUGAGGAGUGCUGUAGGCAGUUCAGUGUGCUAAGUAAUCUGAAGACUCACAUGCGGGCUCACACAGGUGAGAAACCCUACAGGUGUGAGGAGUGCAGCAGGCAGUUCAGUCAGCUGAGUGUUUUGAAGAGGCACAUGCAGACUCACACAGAGGAGAAACCCUACAGGUGUGAGGAUUGCAGCAGGCAGUUCAAUACACUUAGUAGUUUGAAGAGACACAUGCGGACUCAUACAAAGGAGAAACCUUACAGGUGUGAGGAGUGUAGCAGGCAGUUCAGUCAGUCGGGCAAUCUUAAGACUCACAUGCGGACUCACACCGGAGAGAAAAUGCGGGCUCAUACAGGGGAGAAGCCCUACAGGUGUGAGGAUUGCAACAGGCAGUUCAGUGAGCAGGAUGCUCUGAAGACUCACAUGCGGACUCACACUGCGGAGAAACCUUACAGGUGUGAGGAGUGCAGCAGGCAGUUCAGUAGGCUGGAUAGUCUGAAGACUCACAUGCGGGCUCAUACAGGGGAGAAGCCCUACAGGUGUGAGGAUUGCAACAGGCAGUUCAGUGAGCAGGAUGCUCUGAAGACUCACAUGCGGACUCACACUGCGGAGAAACCUUACAGGUGUGAGGAGUGCAGCAAGCAGUUCAGUCAGCUGGGUAAUCUGAAGACUCACAUGCGGACUCACACAGGUGAGAAACCCUAUAGGUGUGAGGAAUGCAGCAGGCAGUUCAACACGCUGAGUAGUCAAAAGAGACACAUGCGCACUCACACAGGGGAGAAACCCUACAGGUGUGAGGAGUGCAGCAGGCAGUUCAGUGAACUUUGUGUGCUUAAGAAACACAUACGGACUCACACAGGGGAGAAACCCUACAGGUGUGAGGAGUGCAGUAAGCAGUUCAGUCAGCUGAGUCAUCUCAAAACUCACAUGCAGACUCACACAGGGGAGAAACCCUAUAGGUGUGAGGAGUGCAGCAGGCAGUUCAGUAAGCUCAGUAAUCUGGAGACUCACAUGCGGACUCACACGGGAGAGAAACCCUACAGAUGUGAGGAGUGCAGCAGGCAGUUUAGUCAGCUGGGCAAUCUUAAGAAACACAUGGAGACUCACCAUGGAUAAACUGAAGGCGAAGGAAUGGAGAAAGCACGUAGUUCUGUGAGCUAGGAAGUCUGAAGAGAUGUGUACUUAUAUGAACCCUACAUAUGUUAAAGGAAUAUAGCAGGGAGCACAGUAGGCAAGAUAGAAAGAAUAACAUUGCAGUCACACUGGUGAGAUACCCUCAAGUGUUAUGA